AUGAAACACCGCGAUGUCCCUCCAUUCGCCGAUCAUAAAGAUCUCCACAAUGUCAUAGAUGCGACACAGCUUGGUGAUGUCCCCUGGCAAUCUUUCUCGGUUCAGUACACAGGAGAAUGCCCUGAGGUUGUCCCGCCAUGGAUGGAUGAUGAAUUUGAUGUCUGGUAUAGGGACCCUCGCGCGAUGGCGCACAACAUACUAGCCAACCCCACCUUCAAAGAUGAAAUCGACUAUACGCCAUUUCGUGAAUACGAUGCAUCGGACAAGACGCGCUGUUGGAAAGACUUCAUGUCUGGAGACUGGGCAUGGAAACAAUCAGACAUCAUAUCAAAAGAUCCAGAGACGCAUGGAUCUGCGUUAGUCCCAAUCAUUCUCGGUAGUGAUAAGACUACCGUUUCUGUGGGCACUGGUAACAACGAGUACUAUCCCCUCUAUGCCUCGAUCGGCAAUGUACGCAACAGUGUACGGCGUGCUCACCGCGAUGCUCUUGUCAUAAUCGGUUUCCUCGCCAUACCCAAAACUGACAAGAAGCAUUCAAAAGAUGAUGCGUUUCGGAUAUUUCGUCGCCAGCUAUUCCACAGCUCGCUAUCUGCCAUUCUCUCUAGCUUGAAAUCCGCAAUGACCGAAUACGAAGUUGUGCGCUGUGGAGAUGGACAUUUUCGGCGCAUUAUAUACAGUCUAGGACCCUACAUCGCGGAUUACGAGGAACAACUAGUGCUAUCCUGUAUUGUUAAGCAUUGGUGCCCGAAAUGUAUUGCAGUUCGAACGAACCUCGACAAUGGUGGCAUGGAUCGCUGUCGUGAGCACACUGAGUUCCUUAUUGGUGAGCUACAUGGGGAUGUAUUAUGGGAUGAAUUCGGUAUCAUUGGUGAUCUCGUCCCCUUUACAAACGACUUCCCCCGAGCAGAUAUCCACGAGUUACUGUCAUUCGACCUCCUCCAUCAGCUCAUCAAAGGUGCUUUCAAAGACCAUCUCGUCAACUGGGUAGCAAAGUACCUCAAGGCUGUGCACGGGACCAGGCGGGCGGAGGAGAUUAUGAGCGACAUAGAUUGCAGAGUCGCUGCUGCACCAUCAUUUUCUGGUCUACAACGAUUUCCUCAAGGCCGCGACUUCAAACAGUGGACGGGUGAUGAUUCGAAAGCGCUCAUGAAGGUCUUUCUUCCAGCUAUUGAAGGCCAUGUGCCUGGAGAUAUGGUUCGCGCAUUUCGCGCAUUGUUAGAAUUUUGUUAUCUUGCGCGGCGCGAUGUUGUCACCGAAGAUACCCUGAACCAGAUGCAAGACGCACUUCACCGGUUCCAUCGCUAUCGCCAGAUAUUUGAUCUCGUUGUUCCUACCUUCUCACUCCCUCGCCAGCACUCAAUGAUUCAUUAUACGGACAUGAUUCGACUUUUCGGUGCCCCGAACGGACUAUGCUCGUCAAUCACAGAAUCAAAACAUAUCAAGGCUGUAAAGGAGCCUUGGCGUUGGUCAAGCAGGCAUAAUGCUCUUGGUCAGAUGCUUGUAACCAAUCAACGCCUUGACAAGCUUGCAGCAUCCCGCGUGGACUUUGAUGCACGAGGGAUGCUCACUGGCACUAUUUUAUCAAUAGCGGCGUUAGCACACGAAGUUGCUGUUCCAGAUCUGCGACGCCUCAUUCGACACUUUUUGUUCACUCAGCUCAACCAAGAUGAUCCCCGCGAUCCUGCAGAUGUCCCAACUGGUAGCUUGCCUCGGCAUGAAGGCAAGCUCCAGGUCUUCAAUUCUGCUGCCGCAACCUUCUUUGCUCCCAGCGAUCUGAGUGGUACUGGUGGCAUGCGACGGGAACAUAUCCGUGCAUGUCCACUCUGGAGAAACGAGUACCUGCGCAAUGACUGUGUGUUCAUCGACACUGAUUCGGACGCUCAAGGCAUGCGAGGACUCGAAGUUGCGAGAAUUGUAUGCUUCUUUUCUUUCAAGCACAACUGGGAAGUAUAUCCAUGCGCUCUCAUUCAUUGGUUUGAGAAGAUUGAUGAUUGUGCUGACGAAGACACUGGCAUGUGGAUGGUCCGUCCCAGUUUCCACAAGGGUGGUUCCCGGAACCUUGCUGUUAUUCAUAUCGAGACGGUGUUCCGUGCAGCACACCUGAUACCUAUGUACGGUUCGGAGUACAUCCCUCACGACCUUAAGUUCUACCAUUCCAUUGAUUGUUUCCGCUCAUUUUAUGUCAACAAGUUCGCUGAUCAUCAUGUGUUCGAGAUAGCCUCCUGA